GCCGCCCCGAGGCAACGCCUCUCCCCACCAGCCCUCAUCCACUGCCUGUGGAUGAAGCAAAUAUGGGGGGACCCAGACAGAGUGCAGCCUUCAACCUGCUGCCUGCUGCUGAGGACAGCCCCAGGCCAGCAGUGGAGGGACCAUCACUGCAUGCACAGAGCCAUAUCUUGCCAGCACCCACCACAGACCCCGGGGCUGACACCAAGCAGACUUUCCCUGCUAAGAAAAAACCGCCUGCCCUAAAGCACAGCAACACAGCAAGGAAGCAGCUGAAGACCAAGCCCACGUUGCCAGGGCUCUCCAGGGUUGUGAGCACACGGGGCUCCGUGCUCCCCCUGUCCUCCCAAGAGCCGCCUGUAACAAUGGAGACAGCGGAUGGGCAGCGGCAGAGCCCCCCCGAGCUGCUCGGAUGGGGUCCCACCAGCCGCCCCUUGCUGCAGAUCUCCCCUUCCACCCCACCGCCAUCGACUGGUCGGCCCUUCCCUGAUGGCCCUGGUGACAUGAGCACGGGUCCCACGGCAGCUCCCAGUGGUGCCAUUAACCAGAUGGACAGCGCUGAGAGCGAGAUGAAUGGCUCUGCCUCAGAGGAGAGCCAAGAAACCACCACCUCCACCAUCAUCACCACCACCGUCAUCACCACGGAGCCCACCCCGGUGCGCUGCAGUGUGAGCUUCUACGACCCCGAGGGCUACAUCGACUCCACGGAUUAUCCCCCGCUGCCCCGGCACAGCUUCCUGGAGUGCACCUACAACGUCACUGUUUACACGGGCUAUGGCGUGGAGCUGCAGGUGAAGAGCGUCAACCUGUCGGACGGGGAGGUGCUUUCCAUCCGUGGCGUGGAUGACAACACACUGGUGGUGCUGGCCAACCAGACGCUGCUGGUGGAAGGGCAGGUCAUCCGCAGCCCCACCAACACCAUCUCCGUCUACUUCCGCACCUUCCAGGACGAGGCGGUGGGGACCUUCCAGCUGCACUACCAGGUGUUUAUGCUGAGCUGCAGCUUCCCACGAAGACCCGACUUCGGAGAUGUCACCGUGAUGGAUCUGCACUCGGGCGGCAUCGCUCACUUCCACUGCCAUCUGGGCUACGAGCUGCAGGGCCCCCAUAUGCUCACCUGCAUCAACGCAUCCCGGCCACACUGGAGCAGCCCCGAGCCCAUCUGCUCAGCGCCCUGUGGAGGCACCGUGCACAAUGCCACCAUCGGCCGUGUCCUCUCGCCCAGCACUGCGGGCAACCAGUCGGGCAGCAUGUACUGCGUGUGGGCCAUCACAGCACCCCCGGGCCAGAAGCUGCACCUGCACUUCGAGAAGCUGCUGCUGGCUGAGAGGGACAGGAUGGUGGUGUACAGCGGGGACAGCAACCGCUCGGCAGUGCUCUACGACUCGCUGCGUGCUGACAGCGUGCCCUUCGAGGGGGUGAUCAGCGACGACUCCUCCAUCCGCAUCGACUUCCUCGCCGAGGAGCCAGCCGCCACCACUGCCUUCAAUAUCCGCUUCGAAGCCUUUGAGCGGGGCCACUGCUACGAACCCUACAUCCAGAAUGGGAACUUUACCACCUCCGACCCCACCUACAACCUGGGCACCACCGUGGAGUUCACGUGUGACCCCGGGCAUUCCUUAGAGCAGGGUCCUGCUGUCAUCGAGUGUGUCAACAUGCGGGACCCGUACUGGAACGACACGGAGCCGCUGUGCCGAGCCACGUGUGGGGGGGAGCUGACAGCCAUGGCCGGGGUGAUCCUGUCCCCCAACUGGCCAGAGCCCUACACGGAGGGAGAGGAUUGUAUCUGGAGAGUCCACGUGGGUGAGGAGAAGCGGCUGUUUCUGGACAUCCAACUCCUGAACCUCACCAACAGUGACAUCCUCACCAUUUAUGAUGGGGACGAGCUCUCUGCCCGCAUCCUGGGGCAGUACGUCGGCAGCAGCGGCCCCCAGAAGCUCUACUCCUCCAGCCCUGACCUCACUAUCCGGUUCCACUCUGACCCUGCUGGGCUCAUCUUUGGGAAGGGCCAAGGAUUCAUCAUGAACUACAUAGAGGUUUCCCGCAACGACUCCUGCUCCGACCUCCCCGAGAUCCAGAACGGCUGGAAGACCACAUCGCACACCGAGCUGGUGAGAGGGGCCAAGAUCACCUACCAGUGUGACCCAGGUUAUGACAUCGUGGGCAGUGACACGCUCACCUGCCAGUGGGACCUCAGCUGGAGCAGUGACCCUCCUUUCUGUGAAAAGAUUAUGUACUGCACAGACCCAGGAGAGGUGGAGCACUCGACUCGCCUCAUCUCUGACCCCGUGCUGCUGGUGGGCACCACCAUCCAGUACACCUGCAACCCUGGCUUCGUGCUGGAGGGCAGCUCACUGCUGACCUGCUACAGCCGCGAGACCGGGACGCCCAUCUGGACCUCACGGCUCCCACAUUGCGUCUCGGAGGAGUCUCUGGCCUGUGACAACCCAGGGUUGCCAGAAAAUGGCUACCAAAUCCUCUACAAACGCCUCUACCUGCCCGGCGAGUCUCUGACCUUCAUGUGCUAUGAGGGCUUCGAGCUCAUGGGGGAGGUGACCAUCAAGUGCAUACUGGGACAGCCAUCGCACUGGAGUGGGCCACUGCCCAUCUGCAAAGUCAAUCAGGACAGCUUUGAGCAUGCUCUGGAAGUAGCAGAAGCUGCUGCAGAGACAUCGUUGGAGGGGGGAAAUAUGGCCUUGGCCAUCUUCAUCCCAGUGCUGAUCAUCUCCUUGCUGUUGGGAGGAGCCUACAUCUACAUCACCAGGUGCCGGUACUAUUCCAGCCUCCGCCUGCCCCUCAUGUACUCUCACCCCUACAGCCAGAUCACGGUAGAAACGGAGUUUGACAACCCAAUUUAUGAGACAGGGGAAACAAGAGAAUACGAAGUUUCGAUAUAAAGGCAAGAGAGUCUCCAGCUGCGAACUUAAUGUGCUCUCAUAGAACUUCCUCAGUAACUAAUCCAGAGACUAUGUGAAGUUUGGUUGGACCCCUGGACCUGCUGUUGUCUUUCCUUUUGCCUCCUUAUUGAAGAUUUUACUGUUUUCUUCACUGUAUUUAUUCUAUUUAAACUGCGCUAGGUGUGCUGCAGAGCCGCGGGGUCUGCGCCCGGACCCCCAUGGUGGGCAGCAGUGGCACAUGGGGACAGAGCUCCAUCUCCCCAUCCCCCAGCCACGCACCCACAGAGGGGUUUUGCAGUAAUUCUGUUGUUAAAAAAUUAAAAGCGUCUCCAUUGUAAGAGCCUGCAAUUGAUUGCUCAGAGCUGACGUAGGCGAGGGUUUGCUGCACCCACGGAAUGGGUGGCACGGCUGGGGUGAGGGGACUGCUGCUCUCUGCUCUUCUUCAGUGCCACCAUCAGGACAGGACAGCCCAAGCACUGCUGCAGGCUGCUGUCCCCUUUGCCCCGCGGUAGUAUCUCAGGGUAAGCACGGACUGGGCCCUGUGGGGGCUGCCACCUGCCUUGGGGUGCUGGGCCAACGUGUCCCCAAACAACUGGGACCCUCAAGGUUUGCAUUUUGCUCACGGGCAAAGCCCACCCAGGUGAUGACAAGGAGAGGGGGUGAAGCUGGAGAUUUGUUCAGCAGCAGGGCCAGGCUCCAGCAUGGAUAUGGGGAGCAGAGGGGCAGAAUCAGCCCUCAGCACCUCUCUGAUGGAGGCGGACCCCACAGCAGCUUCACUUUGGGCCUCAGCAUCCCCCGUGCUCCUUCACUUUGGGUGCAUUCCCCGGAGCUGGGCGGUGGGCUGUGGGUGGGCAGCGAUGCCCCACCACGUCCCGGGCUGCUGCUGUCUUCUUUUGUCCUUGUAAAAUGGCAACGUAACCACGACAAUGUUGGGGAGUCUGUUUUAGUUUAGGGAUGGUUAGUGCAUCUCUGCAGUGUACAGCUGAGAUUUAGAUUGGUUUUUUGGUUUGUUUUGGUUUUGGUUUUCUUUUCCUUUAAAAACAACGAAUGUGUGUUUGUAAUUUGUAAAGGUUAAAAAAG